UGAAACGAUACCGGCGGAAUGAAAUCUCUGUUGGCAGCGAGAUUAAGUUUGGUAUUGCUAAUUUCUCUAAUUCCAAAUGUUGAUGGUCAAUGUUCUGGGUCAUCAACAGUGCUUUCUCUGACAGCUUCAACCACAACCGUUGGAGUUAUCACGUCAAAGAAUUAUCCUUCACAUUACGAGAAUAAUUUGAAAUGCGAAACGGAUGUUUCGACGUCAGGAACAAACCAGGUUUUGUUUUAUUUAGAAUAUGAAUCGGUAGAACCUAGAUACGACCAUCUUCAUAUAUACACAGAUACCACUGAUGUAGACAACAGGUGGUACGAUUCGGACCGGAAUUAUGCCCCGCGAAUCCUUGUGUCAACUGGAACCACUCUUAUUGCUGAUUUUGAAACCGACUCUUCCUUAACUCUGGGUGGCUACAAAAUCAGUUAUAUUGCAGUUGACUUGGUGAAUCAAGAAAGUUGUGGGAGCACAAUAAAUGCAACGUCAUCAUAUCAACAAUUAGCCAAAGUAUAUUAUUCAUAUCGAUCAAAUACAUGUUCAUGGACCAUUGUGCCCAUUGACACAUCCGGGUCAUAUACUGUAGAAGUUUCUUUUCUUCUCAUCAAAGGAACGCUCGAAAUAGAAGAUGGCGGUGUCUCAACAACUUUCAUGUUACCGAAUCAAGUGUAUGUAUCCCCGUCGAAUCCAGCAAGUGUGACUGUUUCUGGAGAAACCCUCUCUGAGUUCGUCAUUCAGUACAGACAAGUCCUUUCCAGCGUUACUGGUGUGUUUAUCACGACCACGCCUGCUGCAGAUAACUCGGUAUGUGGUAGCAGCACAGUGGUAUCAGAGACGUAUAAACAAUACCUCACGUCACCAAAUUAUCCAGGUCAAUAUCCAAAUAACUUGGAUUGUACACUGACAAUCGAAGCCAACGACACCAGCCAGUCUGUGCUGCUAAACGUAACUGACUAUGAAAUUGCUACCAGUGACUAUUUACUAAUUUAUGAUGGACCAAGUACACAAUACAACUUGAUAAGCAGCAGCAAUAUACAUGAUAUACAGAUCGGAAUGACAUUUAAUAGCUCUGGUUCAAGCCUAACGUUGACAUUUACAACGAAUGACUUUGCCCAGCUUAGAGGGUUCGAGCUUUCUUAUCAAAGCAUGAACAGGGCAACACCACAGUGCAGUGAUGUAUUUUCCCUCCAGUCAACUGUGACAUCGAGCAAUACAGAACAAACAAUACAGUCACCUAACUAUCCAAACGUGUAUGACCGAAACGAUGACAAAUAUUGGCUCAUUGUCAAGCCGACCGAGUCCAAUAAUGUCGUAUUGGAUUUCCGAGUAUUUGAUGUAGAAUAUGCAGAUAAUUGCGUGUACGAUUAUGUGAGCAUUUAUGAUGGUGCUUGCCCGACUGAUCCAUUAUUGAUCAAGGUGUGUGGGAACGACCCUAUUACCAUAGAGGAACCGACCGGACUUUAUAUCCUUGUACACUUUCACACGGACUUUUCAAUCCAAAAGUCUGGCUGGGAGCUGACACACUACAUUGGAAGUUACGUGGAUCCGGAAGCCGUCAAAUCUACGGAUGACGGCGACGAUGGUCUUCCAGAUUAUGUGUAUCCUUGUAUAGCUAUCGGCGUACUUAUUUUCAUAUGCGUCCCCGUGAUGAUCAUUAUUUACAACAGAAAUCAACGACGUGUCGGAGCAGGUGAUGGUAAAGAGCUAAUAAAAAAACGCACAACGCGUGACGUUUUGAAAGAGAUCAAUACAGCUACUACUAAAGAAGAAGUGAAGAAGCCGAAAAUUAGACGGAAAGAAACCAAAUAUCACCCUGAACCAAAUCCACCUGGAUCAAAUGCAACUAUUAUAAACGUAAACGAGGAGAGUCCGCAUCCGCCACCUGGCUACACUGAUAAGGACAAUGUACCGCCUUUUCUGCGUACAGGAGACAAAAUACCAGAAAAGAAUACAGCACCCGCGUCUACAGGUACGGACGACACACGCCCUGGUCAGGAUAUACCUCCGAUUUUAAAUGGCACGGGAACAAAAAUGCCAACUCAGAAUACAGCACCGGCCUCCACUGAUACUGUUGACCAACGGCUUGAACAUGAUACACCACCGGCUCUGAAUGGUACGGGGACACAAAUGCAGGAUCCAAACUUAGCUCCAGUCACAGAUCCUUGCGUGCCUGAUUUAAGUUUAUACACGGGUCCAGGUAUCCCUCCAGCAUUCCCAUAUAAAACCCCAGCGGAGGCACGUGAACUUGGAUUGCACGUGUAGCCCGUGGUGUUUAUUUGAAUGCUUUUAAACACGCUCUAAAAUGCUUAUGA